AUGGCUCAUUGGCAGUCUCGCCAGAGGAUUUUUGUUAACGUAGUACUUAAAAAUGUGUGGAAUGAACAGCUGGAUACCACAGUUGUGGCUUGCCAUGUUAAGUCUCUGUCUGUUUUCCCCUACAGUGAUCUCAGUAUGAACAACAUUACUAAGCUGCCCUCAAACUCCGUGCACAGUCUCCGCUUCCUGGAAGAGCUACGUCUUGCAGGAAAUGGCUUGACAUACAUUCCUAAGGGAGCAUUUGCCGGCCUUUUCAGUCUUAAAGUGCUGAUGCUGCAGAAUAUUGUGUUCUUAAUGAUAACUUCUUUUAUCCAUUGUGUGAAUUCACUGUUCUUUUCUUGGAAUCAUUUUUUUUCUAUUUCUUUUUCUCCUAGGCGCCUGGAUGCCAACCACAUCAACCAUGUGCCCCCCAACUGCUUCAGUGGCUUGGUCUCCCUUAGACACCUAUGGCUAGAUGAUAAUUCUUUGACAGAAAUUCCUGUCCAAGCUUUUAGGAGUUUACCAGCUCUACAAGCAAUGACACUGGCACUGAAUAAAAUUCAUCACAUACCAGACUAUGCUUUUGGAAACCUCUCUAGUUUGGUAGUUCUACAUCUCCAUAACAAUAGAAUCUACUCCCUGGGAAAGAAAUGCUUUGAUGGGCUCCACAGCCUAGAGACUUUAGAUUUAAAUUACAACAGUCUGGACGAGUUUCCCACUGCUAUAAGGACACUGACAAACCUAAAAGAAUUAGGAUUUCAUAGCAAUAACAUCAAGUCAAUACCAGAGCGUGCAUUUGUGGGCAAUCCAUUGCUUAAUACAAUACAUUUUUAUGAUAACCCUAUCCAGCUUGUUGGAAAAUCUGCUUUUCAACACCUACCAGAACUGAGAACUCUGACUUUAAAUGGUGCUUCACAGAUAACAGAGUUUCCUGAUCUGACUGGGACUACAAGUCUGGAGAGUCUGACCCUCACAGGAGCACAAAUCACCUCUCUACCCAAAUCAGCCUGUGACCAGUUACCUAAUCUCCAAGUGCUGGAUCUGUCUUACAAUCUGCUGGAAGAUUUACCCUGUUUUACUGCAUGUAAAAAGCUCCAAAAAAUUGACUUGCAUCACAACGAGAUUGAUGAAAUUAAAGCAGACACUUUUCGGCAGCUGGCGUCACUGCGUUCUCUGGAUUUAGCGUGGAACAAAAUUAAAAUUAUUCAUCCCAAUGCAUUCUCUUCUUUACCAUCUCUGAUCAAACUGGACGUGUCAUCCAACCUUUUGUCCUCUUUUCCUGUGACGGGGCUUCAUGGUUUAACUCAUUUAAAAUUAACAGGAAAUCAUGCCCUACAAAGUUUGAUAUCAUCUGAAAAUUUUCCAGAACUCAAGGUCAUGGAAAUGCCUUAUGCUUACCAGUGCUGUGCCUUUGGAGCCUGCGAGAGCCACUACAAAAUCUCCAACCAGUGGAGCAAAGAUGAGAACAGCAGCAUGGACGAUUUUCACAGGAAGGAUACUGGAUUGUUACAAAUUCAAGAUGAACGUGAUUUUGAAGAUUUUCUUCUGGAUUUUGAAGAGGAUUUGAAAGCUCAUCAUUCAGUGCAAUGUUCACCUUCUCCAGGUCCUUUUAAACCAUGUGACCAUCUGUUUGGCAGCUGGCUGAUCAGAAUUGGAGUGUGGACCAUAGUGGCUUUGGCCUUUAUUUGCAAUGCACUGGUGACUGCUACAAUUUUCAGAUCUCUGCUCUAUAUUUCCUCCAUAAGACUUCUAAUUGGUUUAAUAUCCAUUGUAAAUGCCUUGAUGGGUCUGGCCAGUGGAGUAUUGGCCAGUGUGGAUGCAUCAACUUUUGGCAGCUUUGCUCAAUAUGGAGCAUGGUGGGAAAGUGGAAUUGGUUGCCAAAUUACUGGCCUUCUGUCCAUUUUUGCUUCAGAGGUUUCCAUUUUCCUCCUUACCCUUGCCACACUCGAACGUGCAUUCUCUGUAAAGCAUGCUGCAAAGUUUGAAGCAAAAUCCUCUACUGCCAGUGUCAAAAUAGCCAUUUUGUUCUGCUUUGUGUUGGCACUAGUCAUUGCAGUGAUACCACUCCUCAAUGGAAGUGAGUAUGGGGUUUCUCCACUCUGUUUACCAUUGCCCUUUGGAGAACCCACUGCCAUGGGCUACAUGGUAGCACUGGUAUUGCUGAACUCGCUUUGCUUCCUGGUAAUGACUGUUGCUUAUACAAAGCUCUACUGUAGUUUAGAAAAGGGAGAACUAGACAACAUUUGGGAUUGCUCUAUGGUCAAACACAUAGCCUUGCUACUUUUUACUAACUGUAUUCUUUAUUGCCCUGUGGCUUUUUUAUCUUUCUCCUCCUUGCUAAACCUCACUUUUAUCAGCCCAGAGGUGAUUAAAUCAAUACUGCUAGUGAUUGUACCACUGCCUGCAUGCCUAAACCCACUCCUUUAUAUACUUUUCAAUCCACACUUUAAGGAGGAUCUUGGAAGUCUACGAAAGCAAACUUUGUUAUGGAGGAGAUCAAAACACACUAGUCUGAUCUCUGUGAAUUCAGAAGACCUAGAAAAACAAUCUUGUGACUCAACACAAGCACUGGUAACCUUCACAAGUGCUGGCAUAUCCUAUGACAUGCCUACCAGCGAGUCACUAAUGCCAUCAUCUUAUCAAAUGGCAGAAAGCUGUAAUCUUUCAUCAGUAGCAUUUGUUCCAUGUCGCUAGUUUCAGUGGCAAUGCAGAAAGUAUCUAUGUUUACAAAAAUGUUAAUCCCAAAAGUAAAUAUGGGUAUGUGUAUACAGGCUAGGGAAUGGCUCUGAACUAUUAAUACAUGAAUGAGAAAAAUGGACCAUCACAAAACAUGCAGCAGGCUGAAGAUCCAGUACAUGAGCCUUCUCAGCGUUGUUUUUAGGAAAUGCUGCAAUGAAAAAAAGAAACUGAGAGUUGCCACAGUUCAUGCAGUUGUAUCAACUGUUCUUGUUUAAAGUGGCAAAACUCAGAAAAGGCAUCUGUUGGUCAAGAGUAAAAAUACUAUGCUAAACUGGUAAGCUUUUUUUCAAAGCAUUACCUGGUAGCAUUUGUG